AAAGCCCAAGCCAUCUCCGUUAGCCCAGCAACCACGGAGGAGCACCAGAGCUCCAAGGAUGGGACCAGUGCGGAGGAAGAGGAGGAGAGCGAUGAUGAGGGUUGGAUAACACCCAGCAACCUCAAGCAGGUCCAGCAGGACACAGGGCACUGUGACACUGCUCCCGUCGAUGUCCAGGUCGGCUGCGUCACCACUGACUUUGCCAUGCAGAACGUGCUGCUGCAGAUGGGCCUCCACGUGCUGGCGGUGAACGGCAUGCUGAUCCGCCAGGCCAGGAGCUACAUCCUCCGCUGCCACGGCUGCUUCAAGACCACUUCGGACAUGACCAAGGUUUUCUGUCCCAACUGCGGUAACAAGACCCUGAAGAAGGUCGCGGUGAGCGUCAGCGAUGACGGGAGCCUCCACAUGCAUUUCUCCCGCAACCCCAAGGUGCUGAACCCCCGAGGGCUCAGGUACCCGCUGCCGGCCCCGAAAGGAGGGAAGCACGCCAACAACCCUCACCUGGUGGAAGACCAGCCCUUCCCGCAGCAGCGGCUGUCCCGCAAGGCCAGGCAGAAGACGAACGUCUUUGACCCCGACUACGUCGCCGGGGUCUCGCCCUUUGCAGAAAACGACGUCUACAGCCGCGCGGCCCAUCUGCAGAUCCGGGACGCGGCCCUGGGCGCUGGCAGGAGGCGCCUGAACCCCAACGCCGUGACAAAGAAGUUUGUGAAGAGGAGGUGA